GGUGAAUAAAUUUUACAAUAAUAGUGUUUUAUCAAAGCAUUUCUUUUAUAUAAAACAGUGUGAUAAGAAAUAAUGAUAGCGAUUUAAUCUGAUUUUCUCUUGGUUCACAGCGUUCAUGUGCUGUAUGAGCAAGAAUAAUGCAGUCAAGUUAAAUUGCUUCAUAUUUUGAAGUAUGAUAAUAUAGAAUAAAUCCAAGAUGACAGAAAAUACUGCACCGGUGCUCACUGCACCUAUAUCCUUAUCUACUUAUCAUCAGCUCAGUUUGACAGUGGAAUCUGCAAACAUUAGGAACUCUGGACUUUUUAAACCAAAUCCAUAUUUACAAGUGUUGAUAGAUGAAAAAAUGUCCAGAAGAACAGAGGUGAUAAAAAAUACAUUACAUCCAAAAUGGAAAGAGGAUUUCACAGUGUUAGUAACACCACUCUCACAAAUUUCGCUUCAAUUGGUUGAUCAUCAUAGCUUUCGAAAAGAUCAUGUUAUAGGAGAGAAAAAGUUAAGUCUGUUAAAGAUACUCCAGUACUUUAAUGGAAAAUGUGAAAAUGCAGAAUUGACAAUUGAUCUAAUGAAAACAGUGUCCCAGGAUAAAGAUAAUGCUGCUGCAUCAAAUACAGAAGUAAAAACUGCAGAACUUGUUUUACUAUUGGACGGCCUGAGAAUAGACCCUGCAAUUCUCAGUCAGUCUAUUGAAGUUCUAGGCGAAUCCUCUAGUUCGAGAAGGUGUCCUCUUAUAGAAGGCGUCCGUGCUAAAAUAAGAGUAGGAAAUGAUUUGGACUCACUAAGAUCAAUGCUAAGAGCUCAGACUUUGAGACCUCCGCCGGGUCCCCCGCCGCUCAGCAACGGCGUGGCGGGCGUGAGUGCGGUGGGCGGGGCCAGCGGCGGCGCGGAGGGCGUGGCCGGCCCGUCGCACGCGCCCGAGCCCGCCGCGCCUCAGCCGCAGGCGCCCGCCUCCGAUGAACCUCUGCCCGCCGGCUGGGAGAUGAGAUACGACCUCUACGGCAGAAGGUACUACGUGGACCACAACACGCGGUCGACGUCGUGGGAGCGGCCGCAGCCGCUGCCGGUGGGCUGGGAGGUGCGGCGCGACGCGCGCGGCCGCGUCUACUACGUGGACCACAACACGCGCACCACGACCUGGCAGCGGCCCGACACGGAGCGGCUGGCGCGCUUCCAGCACUGGCGGGGCGAGCGGCGCCACGUCGUCGCGCAGGGCAAUCAGCGGUUCCUGUAUCCGCACCAGGCGGCGCCCGACACACCGCGCGACGCCGCCGCAGGAAGCACUGCGGCGGUGGGCGGUUCUGGUGCGAGUGCGGGUGGAGCGCCGCCCAGCAUCAGCGCGCCGAGUGCCGCGGGCGGGGCGGGCGGUGGGGGCGGGGCGGGCGGCGCGAGCGCGGACGACGGGCUCGGCGCGCUGCCGGCGGGAUGGGAGCGCCGCGUGCAACCCGACGGCCGAGUCUACUACGUCAACCACAAGAACCGCACCACGCAGUGGGAGGACCCCCGCACGCAGGGCCAGGAGAUAAGCGCCCCCGAAGAGGCGGCCCUGCCGCCGGGCUGGGAGAUCCGCUUCACGGAGGAGGGCACGCGGUACUUCGUGGACCACAAUACGCGGACGACCACAUUCCAGGACCCUCGACCCGGCGCGCCCAAGGGGGCGUACGGGGUGCCCCGCGCCUACGAGCGCUCCUUCCGGUGGAAACUCAGCCAGUUCCGCUACCUGUGUCAGAGCAACGCCCUCCCGAGUCACAUCAAAAUCACCCUCUCCAGGCAAACUCUGUUCGAAGAUUCAUAUCAUCAGAUAAUGAGGCUGCCGGCGUACGAGCUCCGGCGGCGAUUGUACAUAAUAUUCCGCGGCGAGGAGGGGCUGGACUACGGCGGCGUGAGCCGGGAGUGGUUCUUCCUGCUGUCGCACGAGGUGCUCAACCCCAUGUACUGCCUGUUCGAGUACGCCAACAAGAACAACUACAGCCUCCAGAUAAACCCCGCCAGCUACGUCAACCCCGACCACCUGCUCUACUUCAAGUUCAUCGGCCGGUUCAUCGCGAUGGCGCUCUACCACGGCCGGUUCAUAUACUCCGGUUUCACCAUGCCCUUCUACAAGAGGAUGCUGAACAAGAAGCUGACCACGAAGGACAUAGAGUCCAUAGACCCGGAGUUCUACAACUCGCUCGUGUGGAUAAGGGACAACAACAUCGACGAGUGCGACUUCGAGAUGUGGUUCAGCGUGGACUUCGAGGUGCUGGGCCAGGUCAUACACCACGAGCUGAAGCCGGCCGGCGACAAGGAGCGAGUCACCGAGAGUAACAAGGAGCAAUAUAUUCAACUCGUGACUCAAUGGAGAAUGACCAGAGGCAUAGAAGAACAAACGAAUUCUUUCCUAGACGGUUUUAAUGAGGUGGUGCCGCUGGAGUGGCUGAAGUACUUCGACGAGCGCGAGUUGGAGCUGAUGCUGUGCGGCAUGCAGGAGGUGGAUGUGGAGGACUGGCAACGCAACACCAUCUACCGCCACUAUACGCGCACCAGCAAGCAGGUCGCCUGGUUCUGGCAGUUCGUCCGUCAGAUGGACAACGAGAAACGCGCGCGGCUGCUGCAGUUCGUGACGGGCACGUGCCGUGUGCCGGUGGGCGGCUUCGCCGAGCUCAUGGGAUCCAACGGCCCGCAGAGGUUUUGCAUCGAAAAAGUUGGAAAGGACACAUGGCUGCCUAGAUCACACACGUGCUUUAACCGCCUGGAUUUACCGCCUUACAAGAGCUACGAACAAUUAUGUGAAAAGUUAAAUUUUGCAAUAGAAGAAACUGAAGGUUUCGGACAAGAGUAAAUUAAUUACGUUGGCUAAUUUAUUAGGAAAUUAUUGUAAAUUAUUUUAGUUUUAAAUGCACCAACCUUAAAGAGGCAUUAAUCACAAAUCAAUUUUGGUGCGAUUUUUAUAAAAGACCAACCAAAAAAUUGUAUGAAUAUUUGUUUAAACAAUAAUAAUUAUAUAUUGUGUAGAUAUUUUAGUGUAUGAUGUCAGUUAUAGAUAAGAAUUAUUAUGUUUUAAAUAUAUAUACACGCAACUAUAAAGUUCAAUAAAACAUUAUAUUCAA